GUUGGACUGAAGGAUCUGUUUCCAUGCUGUACAGUUCUAUGACUCUAAGAUCAGUCAUGGUCGUAUUAAAUGGUGGAGCAGGCUCAAGGGGCUGAACUGCUUCCUCCUGCUGCUCAUUCUCAUGUUGUUAUGUUGCCUUUUAUAGGGUCUGAUUCCACAGUUGAAGACGCAGAAGAAAAAAGUCCUGAACACUGUAACAAUUCAAGUGAUUCACAAGACCUUUGCAUGACCUUGAGACCAAUAAACUCUGUUUUGAAAGGAACUAGCAAGAGGCAAAGUAAAUUUGAUAACUGGAGCCCUUUUAAUGACCAAGAGAACAGAUUUAACACACAUCAUCCUGAACAUGGAGUUUCAAUGAACAAUAAACACCAAGACAAUGCAAACGAAAGUUCUAUUGGUGAUAGUUUGGAAAGACAGGCCAAGUCCCCUUGCUCAACAGUUCUUUAUCAACAUAAGUGGCCUCUUAGAAAACCAUCUUGUGAUGGGCUGUACAGCUGUGAGCAUUGUAACUUCAAUAGCAAGUACCCAUCAGAGCUGAAGCAGCAUGUUAUUCUCAGGCACACAGACACUCUGCCGAAGAUCUGUCCAGUUUGUAAACGGGAGUUUCUAACGUACAAUCUACUCCAUAAGCACAUGCAGGUCCAUGAAACAGAAGAGCCAAAUGCUUGCCAGUUGUGUAGCUACAGUGCAGAAAACCCAAAGGAGCUGGAGUUACACGUGGCAGAUGUCCACAGCACUGAGUAUCUGUACUGGUGUGAACAGUGCAACAUCCACUUCUGUAGUACCAGUGAGCUGCAUCUUCACUUACAGCAGCAUGAUGGUGAUGAGCAGUACCUCUGCCAGUUCUGUGAGUAUGGCACAGAUGAUGCUGCUGAUCUACAUAGCCAUGUCCUUGCUGAACAUGCAUACAGCCUCAUGGAGAUGAAUGACAGCUCCGAAGAUGGUCUUCAGGGACCUGCAGGCUUCUUAAGUAAAGUGAGCUUCGACCGGGAGAGAAAUUUCUUUAUCUGUCAGUCCUGUGGCUAUAGGAGCCGGUUGUACGGCAAUGUAAACCGGCAUGUAGCAAUUGAACAUGCCCGUUUCUUUCCAUACGUGUGUGAUGAUUGCGGGAAGGGAUUUUGCAACACAGCCGAAUAUAACAAACAUUUGAACUUGCAUUCUUCUCAGGAGAUCUACCUGUGUCAGUACUGUGAUUAUUCUACUGAGCAAAUUGCAAACCUCCUAUCCCAUAUCGAUAUAAGCCACGCUGCAGCGCUUCCAUACAAAUGUGAGAUGUGUAUGUUGAGGUUUGCAAAUGAUGGUGAGCUCAUGUGGCAUCUUGCUAAACACAAACAAAACAAUGAGUUGCUAUGGUAUCAGGGAUAUGAUUAUUAAACAUCAUUUUAACUUUGUUACUGUGGCUGUGUCUUGUAGAAUUUCAAGAGUGCAAAACUACAAUUUUUUUUGAUUAUUUAGAAGAUGUUCCUGUGGAAGAGUGCCAUGUAAAUCCUCACAAGCCUAUCUGACUAUAGAGAAUCCAAAGUGGCUUAAUUUGAGUGUGUGGAGCAUUUUUUGUUGCUGUUCUAAUUUCACUGAUUGUAGCACUGUGUAUGAUGGCUGAGAACAAAGCAAGAAAGCAUUCCAAAUUCCAACCUGUCACAAACAUAAAUAUUUUAAAGUGGAAUGUGAACCAUGACUAAUAAUGGGGAACUGUAAAAUCACAGUCUGUACUUGAAAAGUUAAAACAGCAAAAGGUGGAGUUUCCCGUUUGGGUGUGAUCUGAGAUCUGUGCACACAUUGUGUCCGGAAUUGUUUGGCCAAUGUUUUAGAAAUUUUUUUAUUAAAUUUUACUUUAGAAAAGGUCCUUGAUGUAUGAAUAAUAACCUUGUGUGAUAUGAUCAAUACAGCUGAACUUGGAUAUAUCACAGACGAUCAGAAAGUGAAUUAAUGUCUAGUUCACCACCUGUGAGUAGUCAGCUUUGCAAAUAACUACAACUAUCUUUAAAAAAAUUGCAUUUACUAGUUAUACUAGUUGGCAGAAAUCAGUUUUAGUAAGUUUAAAAUUUUACACUCAAAGCUUCUGAAACAUGCUUGUUAGCAACUGGCAUCCAAAGAGCCAUCUUGACUUUAAAAGUCUCCAUGAAUUUUGCAAAUUAUUGGAAACUUGUAACAGUUCAUUCAGUCUGUAGCCGUAUCAGAUUUGUGACAGAGUCAGCUUCCACCACAAUGUUUUUUAAACUAGCACAGAAGAUAACAGAAAUUUAAUUUGGCUUUAGAUUUUUGAGUGUUGUAACUGAUUUCCACUGAAUUGCAGUGGAAGGCCAUUUGGUUGCACAGUGCCAGAAAUUCUAGACUCUGGCAAAUUUUUGUUUUUCUUGAAGAUUAUUUUCUAAUUUUAAUUUUUGCAAUGGCAAGCCAGGAUUUUAGAAGUCAUAGUUGUUUCGAGAGGACCCAAGAUAACAGGAGAGAGAGGAGAAUCUUCUGCAUUUCUAAACAGGUCAUUGGGGUAAUAUUUGGCUGUAUCUGUUGUCCAUAAACUAGGUUAUCCCAAACAAACUGGGUAUUGGGAGAAGAAUUAAAUUUUAGGCAGAAUUACAGAACAGAAUUAAAUUUGAAUGGAUCUCAACAAAAGAUAAAUAUCCCAAGACAGGGAAGCAAAGAUAUCCAAGAAAACCUUACUGUGGAAAACAAUCCUACAUGCUGUUCUUUUUUCAGACUUUCUUACAUUAAAGUUGAUUUAGUAAUGGACCAAUGGCUUGCAAUGUUUCUCCUUGUCAGUGUACAAAGGGAUGCACUUGUAUCUUUACAAGAAUACAUUAUAUAAAUGUAAAAUGAUGCUCUCUUAACACAAUUCCGCCAUCUCAGAGUACCCCUUAGGGUUGGAUGGAUGUGAUAGUAAUGUAUGUACACAGAAGAAGCUUCAUGUACUCAGAGUAUCUAUAGUGAUUUUGUGGGUAUCACCUGAGCACUGAGAUUAGAUUUACUGACAUUUUAUAAUUCACUGACUGUUAUUUAGUAUUUAUUUUGAAGGCAUUUCAUUUAUGGGUAUAGUGCAGUAUGACGGAUCCCAUACCAGCUUUCUUGAAAGUGUUUUGGGCAAAGUAUCACUCCCUUCUUUAUAAUGUAUAUCAAUAUGAUUAAGUAGGCUAUGUAGAGCUGAUUGUGCUGAAGAUCGUGUCAUGUGAUGGAAUAAGUGGCAUCAAUUUUGAAAAUUAAAAUAAACUUUGCCAGCCGGUUGGAAAUUAUGGUUAUCUUGUUUCAUUAUAUUCAGUGUGAUUGUGUUCUUAAAUAUGCAAAAACCUAUCUUUGGAUUCUCUUUAGGUCUCUGUGGAAAAGUGUCUUAACAAUUUGCCUUGUGCAUUAAAAACUGCUUAAUAUACACAAUUAUACAUUUGAACUGAAUAGAAUGAUACAUAGUUACAAGUCAUACUUGCUAAGUUGCAAUAUUACAGUUCGAUGGCUUUUUUCCUAUAUCCAGAAGUGCUCUUAAACACAACUGAACAUUCUUUUCUCCCCCCAAACCUUUUUUAAAAUGCGGAAGUGCUUUUACAAACAACUGAAGGGCUUUUCCCACCACCAAAUCACAGGGACCUUUUGUGUUUUUAGCUGUCGACUGCCACAUUAAAUCACCUGUUUGGUUAGUUGAACCCGACAUGCCUUUUAGAAUAUUGUUUUCAAUGGGAAAACCUGGGAUUAAGCCCAAGGCACUUGGUUUUCUACAAGCUACAGGGCAUUUUGGAACAGUCUUAUCCAGCCCUUUGUAGGCAUCUGCUCAUUGCACAAAGAAAAUCAGCAUCUAAGUGGCAUUUUGUCAAAGAAGCUAUGAGUGGCUGGAAUAGAAUAGAACAUGGAAAUGUGCUGCAGGUCCUGGAAAAGCUGCCGAAUGAGUUUGAAAAUAGGCUUGAGGCCAUCGCUGGGUACAACCAAGAGAAAUCGAUUGUUCCUAUUACUGACAUCAUUUAACUUGAUAAGCACAAAGUUCACCAAAGCAAAUAUUCAAUCCAUGCAUUUUAAAUUUCUAAAUAACACUUUGCAGAAUAUCAAUUGGAGCCACUUUUAGAAAAUUCAAACAUAUCAUAGUUUUCACAGUUUAAACCUGGUUUUGAUUGGACUUUCAGUGUGUUUUGUCUGAAUAGGAUUGACUAGAUUCAUGAAAAUGUUUUUUUCGCAAAGUAUAAACAUAUUUAAAGGGGAAUAAAACAUUCAAAGCUGAUAUUCAAUUGUUAAUAAGAUCCACGAAGUGCAAAAUAUUGUUUUAUAGUACAUUAAUAUAUGUUGGUUGGGGUAAAAAGAUACAGUGAAUUCUAUGCUGGCAAGAAGUCUGUGCACCUUGCUGCAGCCCUGAAUUUCAGAAGAUUUUAAAGUGCGCAUGUUACAGGUGUAAUUUUAUAUUACCAAAUAGAAUUGUUUGGAAAAUAUGGCUAUCUGUUAUAUGUACCAUAAAGAAAUUAUGUAAAAUUCCACACAACACAGAUAUUUAGUGAAACCUAAGUUCCUGUAGAAUCCCAUUUAUCUUGGUGGGGGUCAAAAGUAGUGUUUAAAGUUAUUUCGAAGUAUUUGAUAAUGCAAUGCUUAGGAUAACUUAUAAUUGCAAUGUGGCUUAUCGCAGUUUGUCAAUGUUUAACAAAUAAUUUUGUAUUUCUUAUUUUUGUAUGCCUCUAAUUUUGAUGGAAUUUCUCAACUUUUGUUAAAUAGAGAAGACAUUUGCAUUCUUGUAACAUUGCACAGCACUCUAGUGACUUACAGGAAGUGAUGGACUGUAUAGUGGGAGUAUUUUCAGUCAUUUGAAAAAUGAGAAGAAAGUAAUGCUGUACUUAUGAGAACUAGAGCCAUAUUGUAAGAUCACGGUAUUAAAAUGUAACUUUUGCACUUCGA